UCUUGACUAACGCUUUACUUUCAAUAUGCUCUGGCCACUGCUCGCUCUCUCACUUUUUCCCUUAUCAUUAGCGGCACAGAAAUCGGUGCACGAGCAGCUGGUCGACCUUGCAGCAGCUGGAAAUGGACUCAUACAGCUCAAUGACCAGACUUAUGAUUUACUUGCCUCCCCGAAGCGCGACUGGUCGGCUGCUGUGCACUUCACUGCGCUCCAUCCCCAGCGGCGCUGUGCUCCUUGCAAAGAAUUUGAGCCAGCAUUCACUGCUGUAGCUAAAGCAUGGGCGAAUGCUCCGAAAGAACAGCGGGACAAGCACUUCUUCGCUACUCUUGACUUUGAUGAUGGGCCCGCCGUCUUCCAAAAGCUCGGCAUGUCUUCUGCGCCAGGUGUUCACGUAUAUCCCCCGACUGAUGGACCAAACGCGUCUGCAAAGAAAGCCCCCUUCAAAUACGAUUUCCAAAAUGGUUUCGAAGCUGGACCCCUCGCUGAGCAACUCUCUGUUCACACCCCAAUCCCUAUCCCAUAUAAGGCUCCCUUUAACUGGGCGCGCGCGGGCAGCAUCGUCUCACUCAUCCCAAUCAUUACCCUUAUCUUUCGCUUUAUCAAACCAGCACUGCAAAACCGCUGGGUCUGGGCUGCUGGCACGAUCGCUACUUCACUAGUCAUGACCUCUGGCUACAUGUUCACUCGCAUCAGAGGGGCACCUUAUACUGGCCCUAACGGCGGUUGGAUCGCUCAAGGCUAUCAAAAUCAGUAUGGACAAGAAGUUCAAGUCAUCGCCGUGGUUUAUGGAAUCUUGGCUGGAUCUUUCUUAAUGUUAACUGUCGUCACACCGCGCCAACUGUCGCCUACCCGUCAAAGAACUCAGGUAUAUCUCUGGACUGCAGUAAACUUCCUCGUGUUCAGCAUUUUAGUAUCACUUUUCCGUGUUAAAAACCCAGGCUAUCCAUUCAAGCUCAUUCUAUAGAAUCAUGUAGUCCACUUCGCAAAUUAAUGGCAGCCACACAUGCACUUGAAUUAUAAAAAGCAAAUAAA